CUAGUGUUGCGCGACAUGAAAGCAAUGAACAUACUAGUCUUCUUCUUGUUCUGCUGCCUCUCUUCAAAGUCCGUUUUGUCGAGCCCCGGUCACUACAAUGCAAUCUUUAACUUCGGCGACUCUCAUAGCGACACCGGAAACUUCCUCCUUUCCGGGGCACUUGCAUUUCCAGUCAUAAAAAAUCUCCCUUAUGGGGAGACUUUCUUCCACCAUGCAACUGGUCGAUGCUCGGACGGACGCCUCAUUAUCGAUUUCAUAGCUGAAGCAUUUGGACUGCCAUAUCUUUUACCAUAUCUGGCAGUAGCCAAAGGUUCACCUGUUCGUACGGGAGUGAACUUCGCAGUUGCUGGUGCCACAGCGAUCGACUCGUCUUUCUUCUCUGCACAGCAGAUUGUGUUGUCGACCAAUGACUCGCUGAAUGUUCAGCUUGGCUGGUUCAAAAAUUUGAAGUCGUCUCUCUGCACUACCAAACAAGAAUGUGAUGAGUAUUUUAAGAAGUCUCUGUUUCUGGUGGGGGAGAUAGGUGAAAAUGACUACAACUUUCCCUUUCUCUUUGGUCGAACCAUUGAACAGCUACGCCCUUUGGUACCACAAAUUGUUGGAGCCAUCACUCGAGCCGUCAGUAUGCUGAUAGAAGAAGGGGCUGUGGAUCUGGUGGUGCCAGGACAGUUCCCGACAGGCUGCAUCUCCGCCUAUCUAACUUUGUUUCAAAGCGCUAAUAUAUCGGCAUAUGACCCAAGAACGGGGUGUCUCAGGGCUUAUAAUACUUUAUUCAAGUAUCACAAUAAGUACCUCAAGCAAGAAUUGCAAAAUUUGAGAGAACAAUACCCUCAUGCAAGGAUUGCGUACGCUGAUUAUUAUGGUGCCUCCAUGUCUAUCUAUCGCACUCCAAAACUCUAUGGCUUCUAUGGAGGGGCACUAAGGGCUUGUUGUGGAGGAGGUGGUCCAUACAACUUCAAUAUGUCAAGACUAUGUGGUCAGACCGGCUCAACUCUUUGCAAACUUCCAUCGGCUUUUGCCGAUUGGGAUGGGAUUCACUUCACCGAGUCUGCUUCUCAUCACAUCGCCAAAGGGUUGAUCUAUGGUGGCUUCACAUCUCCACCACUCCUAUCUUAAUUUAA